CCAGGUGGGAAAUACAUUUCAGAAUUCGUCCUUGCAUGUGCCGGGAGGCGAGAGAGGAGAUUCCAGCCGAGGCUCGGGGCAGACCCCCGGUGCAGUUCCUGCUCUGGCCGCCCCGCGGCGCUCUCGGCCCGCAUUGCUGCUGCUGGGCGGAGCGGGGACACCAGUGAGACACCAGUGUCACGCCAGUGUCACACCAGCGGGAUGCUGCGGGGUUGGCACCGGCUGAGAGCCCGCAGAAACGCCCCGGUUGCUCGGGAAUACGCCCUGGUUUAAAGCUUUUCCAAAGGAUGUGCUGGGAAUCGCCGCAUCGAGACGCGCCUGGAAAAGCCGAGAGCACAAAGUGAAAGACGGAGUGUGAAGGACGGAGAUCGCCCCACAGGGCCGUCCCUGCGGGAUUUGGGAGGAUUUCUCCGGAAGUCUGGGGUAGCUCAGGGUCGGUUGGUUGGUAAGCACAGAGUUACUGCUGGGAGAAAUGAAUGUUUGCUUUUAACAGACUGAUGAGGACAGCACUCGCUGUUCCGAGUGCAGACAGGGGGAGGAGGCUGUGUGUGUCUCAGAAAAUGAGCCUCAGAACAGGUACCCGUGGUUUUUACAACACAACCGAGAGCCGGAAGGUUAGCAAUGAUUCUCCCGGCUUUCCUCACGAUUGCAGCCAGCCGAGAGCUCCGGCCCCAGCUCCGCGGGAUAGCUGGGAAUUUGGGAUGCAGCCUGAUUGUUACAGGGACAAAAUAAGAAAUCCGUCCUGGGAGCUGUCCGGGAAGGAGAGGUCGGGAGUGUUGGUCUGUCCUUGCAUUCAAGCGUGGAAAACGCUGUGACUCAGGGAAGUGUCUGUUUUUCUGCUCUGCAGGCUCCUUCCGAGCCAUCCUAUCCUCAGGGUGCGCUGGAGGGGAGCCGACGGUGGCUCCAGGGAUGGAGAAGGAGCCUUUAUCCGAAGGGACCACAAAAGUGGGCAUGGGACCGCCGAGAUUUCAUUCAGCGGAUCUGAAUUCCCAGAUGAAGGACCAGGAAGGAUUUUGGAAAUCGAAAUUGCUUCAGAAGUGUGGUCAGAAUUUUGUUUUAGCACUGCUGUGUUCUGAAACACGAAGCCAUACCAGGAACUGAGCAUGAUAUGCUGCUGUAAUGCUUUUCUAGCAUGAAGUUUUAAAUGACAGAGUGAAUAGAACUGCUUUUUUGGUUCUUCUGAGGAUAAAGAUGUCGUCAGUAAAACAAAAGAUGAGGAAGCCUGCAAUACCACUGUAUACCUGAGGAGAUACGUGAAUUCUUUGGCACAUUGAUGCAAAUCUUUCUUUUUAUGGGUAUAGUUCUUUCUUAUGUCCUAAAAUACAGCGUGCCUCCGUCUGGCAGUAUUCAAACUUCUUUUUUUAAAUUAAUACCCAUCCAUUUCACAGUUGUGACCCAAAGGAAAACACCAGCAUUGGCUCUCUAGUGCUGCACGGUAAGUGACCCUCUUUCAUUUCUCCAAAAGAAUUCUGGAUUUACUCUGAAAGAAUAUAAACGUCGGUGGAAGGGCAGCAUCUGCUGAUGAGCAAAGAUAUUGUUACAGCCAAGAGCUCCGUUAGGGAUCACUGUUCUUACACCUGAAGCUAAAGGAAACCAUUUCCUUGCUGAAAUGAUGGCAGCAACAAUAACUGGGCUCUUGCACUCAGGGUAGGAAAUGUGGAGGCUUUUCUCGGCCUGUGUCUUUCCCCCCGCUGCGCAGUGAUGCCGAAGAUUAGGAUAAGGAGAAGGAAAUACGCAUUUCCCUCUCGGAGGUGAAAAAACGGGCACAAAGCAAGUGGAUUACAGGUGUCACAGUUGUUUUUGCGAGAGAAGCCACUUUCCCCGCACAUCUGCUGCUGUGCUUGGCCUAUGGUUUGACUUCUCUGUUGGUGAUAAUGAUGGCAGCUCGAGAGAUGGACGUGCCCCUGGAAGGGAAGACAAGAGGAGCUGCCCUUUGACGUAUUGCAGUGGUUUAGAUCUUAUAAUGCAUCCAAGUCAAGGGGUGAUAAGAGGAAGUCGCCGAAAAUGACUUCGUUCGUGCAAGAUCUUUUAGUAGCUAAAGUUCCCGGGAAUCCUGAAGUCAACCCUAAUUGUUUCUUUCUCUUACUCAUACAGGCACGAAGUUUUUACUCUAAAACAAAUGAAGACAUGAGAGAAUUUCUAGGACUUGACUUCUUGAGUAUUGUUUCACAGCGUCACUCCUUUUUUAGCAAACAAAAAUAAGGGGGAAACAUCUGGGAAAUUAAAGAAAAGGUACCAGACCCAGGAGGGUUCUGAUACUUUAUAAUAAUAAUAAUUUUUAAUAGCCUAGUUUCUUUUAUAGUAAAAUCCGAACUAAAACUGCUAGAGACACAGGUAAAUAAUGCAAGCACUAUUUUGUUCCCUCUUUCAAUUUUUAAUUCUCUAAGAGAAAGGUUGAGUUGGGCUCGCAGGCAGCUGUGCACAUCCUCAGUGCAUUCGUCGCAGAAGCAGUCGAGGUGUAAAUCUGUCUUCGAAGCCAGCCAUGCCUGCCUGACACUGAGUUUUUUAUCUGGUUUCUGGCACGAAUUCUGCCUCACCGUACGCGAAUGUGUUCAGAACCCCUUGAUAUCCCCUUCCACCUCCGUUUUCCCGCGGCUGUUCAUAACAGGUCUGCUGUAGACAUCUCCCUCUUAGCGAGUUUUAUUCUGCCUCUAAUCAUCUCACAAUAAGCCUUGCAAAUUCCUGGAGUUCCCCCCUCAAAUACCUCAUGAUCAAUUAGUUCUUUUCCAUGACACUUUUCCUGAUAUUCCUUGAGAAUCUUUAGAACUUUUUUCUUUACCUCUACCUUUCAUAGUUUCUGUCGAACCUCUGAGUUCAACAGCUUAUUCUUUUAAUGGCCCGUCUAUCAGUGUGAUGAGAGCUUUAUCUUUGCUAUUGUCUCCGUUAUCUCUUCCUUAUCGUUUGUGCAUCGCGGAGUUUAAUUAGGGGCUCCCUGUUUGUUUCUUUGCCUUUCGUAUUAACCGGCUCUUGGCCAUACAUCCUUAAGCAGAUACAGGACUUCAAGUAUAGCAUCUUUUGACAUAGAAAAGUGUAAAAGUCGGGAGAGAUGUGAUACCCAGAAAGAAAAAAUACAGCAUUAGAUGUUGUGUCCUAGGACAGCUUUAUCAUCCUGCUGUGAUGGCGAGCUGUGGUGAUAAUGAAACUUUUACUUAAGGACAAUUCCUUGUCAGCUCCCUGGCACCAGCUCUCGCUUUCAAUAGCUUCUCUGACUCGCCACACCUACUAAUCGCCCUGUGCUGAUUAACAAGUGGAGAGGAGAAGGAAAAUCUCUUCUGUGGCGGUGGAACUUACCGUGUCUACACAAGGCAAACCAAAAGCUGUGCAUGAAGAGUUCGUGGUUGCGAGCUGGGAUGUGAUACCCAGAGCAGCGCUCUGUGUAUGGGUAGGGAUCCCACUUACGAGAGAGGAGAGUUUUACACCUCAUCAUUUUUCUCCUCUUUGGCACAAAGAGUAGGGACUCAAUCAGCAAACCCCGAGCCAGCAGCGCUGCCCCGAUGGAGAGGAAAUAUUCCCCCUUCCGACGCUGGGUGGGGGUGUUGGCCGCGGACCGGAGCGUUCCUCGGUCCGCCCCGGCUUUGCAGACACGGGGAGACAAAAAGCCGUGAGAGCUGAACUGCUCGCAAAGGAGUCCGAGCACUCGGGGGCUUCCAGAUUCCUUCACCCCAAGAUUGCUGGCCCACACCGCUCUUUUUCGGACGCUGCUAAAAAAUGCUGGGAGCCGCCGAGGACUGUGGAUGUCUUUUAUGGAGAGUGAUAGCCUGUGGGAGACGGAGCGGAGACAGAAAGAGGCAAGUGAUCUUGUUUAUUCUGUGUGUUUGCAUGUGUCAGAGCGGGGCUGAAACACUCCGCUACUCCCUGCCGGAGGAAAUGGAGAGGGACUCCUUUGUCGCCAAUAUCGCCAAGGACCUGGGGGUUCCUCUGAGCCAGCUGGCUGCUCGCAAAGCCCGCGUUGUGUCCGAGGGGAACGAGCAGCUUUUCCGACUCAAUCAAAACACCGGAGUCCUGACCGCAAAGGAAUCGCUGGACCGAGAGGAGAUCUGUCCGCAGAGCGAUACCUGCACGCUCGUCUUUAAGAUAUUCUUUGAAAAUCCAUUGCAGCUUAUCCGAGGGGAGGUGGAAGUUCGCGACAUAAAUGACAACUCGCCCGUGUUCCCGGAGAAGGAGAUGGUUUUAAAAAUUCUAGAAACAGCAUCUCCUGGCUCCCGUUUCCCCCUGGAAAGUGCCCAGGACAAGGACAUGGGCAUUAACGGUUUGCAGAACUACAGCCUCGGGCCCAAUCCUCAUUUCUCCCUCUCUCAGGGAACAGGAAAAAAUGGCGUAAAAUACGUGGAGCUCGUCCUACAACGUCAGCUCGACCGUGAAGAGCAGGGGGAAUUGAGUUUACUUCUGACCGCCACCGACGGAGGGUCACCACCCAGGUCGGGCACGGCUCAGGUCCGGAUCGUGGUUGUGGAUGCCAAUGACAACGUUCCUGUCUUCGAAAGGGAGACCUACGAGGUGCGCCUGGCUGAGAACAGCCCCCUGGAGCAGCUGGUGGUCAGAGUCGCUGCCGCGGAUCCCGAUGAAGGAUCCAACGGGGAAGUGAAUUAUGCCUUUGCCCAGGCAUCGGAGCGAUCCCGGCAGCUCUUCCAGCUGAACCAGACCACCGGUGAAAUCCGAGUCGCGGGCAAACUGGAUUUUGAGGAAGCAAAAUCCCACACUAUGGUGGUGAAAGCCACGGACGGCGGAGGGCUGUCUGCGCACUGCAAAGUGCAGGUGGAGGUCCUGGACGUGAAUGACAACGCCCCGGAGAUAGCGCUCACCUCCCUCAGCGCCUCCAUUCCCGAGGACGCCCCGCCACGCACCGUGGUGGCUCUGUUCAGUGUGCGGGACCGGGACUCCGGGGACAACGGCAGGACGGAGUGUUCCAUCGACGGGGACUUGCCGUUCAGCCUCACCCCCACUUUUGAUAAUUACUACGAGCUGAGAACAAACGCGGCUCUGGACAGGGAGAGGACGGCGGAGUACAACAUCACCAUCACAGCCACAGACUGGGGCAGGAAGCGGCUGAGCUCUCAGGAAAGCAUCUUCGUGCAGAUAUCGGAUGUGAACGACAACCCUCCAGAGUUCACCCAGGAGAUUUACACCAUGUCUGUCACGGAGAACAACAGCCCCAUGCUCCGCAUCGGCAGCAUGAAGGCCACGGACGCCGACGCAGGAAUAAAUGCCCGUGUGAACUACGCACUGGUGCGGCAGGAGGGCAAAGAGCAGCCCGAAGUGUCAGUCAACGCUGAAAACGGGGAUGUUUAUAUCCUCCGCCCGCUGGACUAUGAGAAGCAGGCAGAAGUUGCUUUCAGCAUCACGGCUGUAGAUGGUGGGAAUCCACCACGGUCUGGCACAGCUUCAAUCCGCGUGGUAGUCCUGGAUAUAAACGACAACAGCCCGGUAUUUACCCAGACUCUGUAUAAAGUCUCUGUAAUGGAAAAUAGCUCAGAGGACACCAUAGUGGUGGUAGUGUCUGCUAGUGAUUUAGAUGAAGGAACGAAUGGGGAAAUAGUGUAUUCCAUAGUUCAAAAUCCAGAGGAAAAUCUCCAAACGUUUAAAAUAAACCCAGAGACAGGCCAGAUUCGACUCAAAAAGCCUUUGGAUUAUGAAGAAAAAAAGAGCUAUGAGAUAGACGUCCAAGCCACAGAUGGAGGGGACUUGUCCACGCAUUGCAAUGUGGAGGUGCAGGUGAAGGACGUGAACGACAAUGCCCCCGAGGUGAUCAUCACCUCGCUCACCAGCACCCUCUCCGAAGCCGCCCCGCCGGACACCGUGGUGGCCCUCUUCAACGUGCGGGACCGGGACUCGGGGGACAAUGGCAGGACGACCUGCGAGCUGACAGGAGAGCAACCCUUCAGGAUCACGCUGCUGGCAGCCGACGCGUACGCGCUGGUGACAUCAGAGACGCUGGACCGGGAGCAGGUGGAGGAAUACAACGUGACUCUGCGAGCUCGAGACGAGGGCUCCCCCGCCCUCUCGACAUCCAAAACCCUGCUCGUGCGGCUCUUGGAUGUGAACGACAAUGCACCCACCUUCACCCAGGCCAUUUACACCAUGGUGAUGAGCGAAAACGAGCCCGCGGGGAGGAGCCUUGGCCGCCUCAGUGCCACGGACCCUGACGCGGGAGAGAACGCCCGCGUGAGAUACUGGCUAGUGCCGCCACCGACGGGCACCCUCGCCGCCGCAUCAUUCGUGUCAGUGGACGCGGAGAGUGGAACCGUCCGGACUUUGCGCCCACUGGAC